AUGGUGUCAGUUGAUAGUGGCUUCGCUCUUAUCCGCCGGAACCCAUAUCUGUUUGGGGUUGCCUCUUUCUCUACCCUAGGUGGUCUACUCUUUGGAUAUGACCAAGGCGUGGUAUCCGGUGUGAUCACGAUGGAAUCGUUUGGGGCUCGAUUCCCUCGUGUGUAUUCCGAUACUGGAUUCAAAGGGUGGUUUGUGUCGACCCUGCUCCUUGCGGCUUGGUUUGGCUCCUUGAUUUAUGGCCCGAUUGUGGAUCGUUUAGGCCGGAAAUGGUCCAUCAAUGUUGCCGUUGUCAUCUUUGUUGUAGGGUCCGCAAUUCAAUGUGGUGCGGUGAACAUUCCAAUGCUCUUUGUCGGUAGAGCAGUUGCAGGACUGGCUGUCGGCCAAUUGACCAUGGUAGUUCCUUUAUAUAUAUCAGAGGUCUCUAUUCCAGAAAUUCGCGGUGGACUAGUUGUGCUUCAACAACUCUCAAUCACAAUCGGUAUCCUCACCAGCUAUUGGAUUGACUACGGUACAAACUACAUCGGAGGAACUCGCUGUGCUCCAGAUAUUCCCUACAGUGGCCAGACCAAAACCUCUCAUACCUUCGAUCCGUAUCACGAUGUUCCCCCCGGUGGCUGCAACGGCCAAUCCGAAGCAUCGUGGAGAUUACCACUAGCUAUCCAGAUUAUCCCCGCAAUUAUUCUAGGUUUAGGCAUGAUAUUUUUCCCUGAUUCACCUCGUUGGCUCCUGAUGAAAGGCCGUGACGAUGAGACCUUGGAAGCGCUUUCCAAACUACGAAGACAGGCCAAGGACAGCCCGACUCUCGUCAACGAGUACCUAGAAGUUAAGGCUUCUAUCAUGUUGGAGGAUGCCUUCGCAAAGGACCGCUAUCCUAACAUGUCAGGGGUGAGACUGCAUACUGCUCAGUAUAUGUCUUUUCUCACUGAAUGGGCCCGCUUCAAGCGUUUGGCAAUCGGAUGCUGUGUUAUGUUUUUCCAGCAAUUCAUGGGAUGCAAUGCUAUAAUAUACUAUGCACCAACAAUUUUUGCGCAGCUUGGACUUGAUGGGAACACUACUUCGCUCCUCGCCACAGGCGUAUAUGGAAUCGUCAACUGCCUCAGCACGCUGCCGGCUCUCUUCCUUAUUGACAAAGUAGGCCGUCGUGUCUUGCUUAUGUUCGGUGCUACGGGUACUUGUAUCUCCCUAGUUAUUGUAGGUGCCAUCAUAGGUGCCUACGGAACGGAUUUGGUCAAUCACACAUCCGCUGGAUGGGCUGGAAUUGCCUUCAUUUACAUUUAUGAUAUUAACUUUUCUUAUUCCUUUGCGCCAAUUGGAUGGGUUCUACCAUCAGAGAUUUUCAAUCUUUCUAUCCGAUCCAAGGCCAUUUCAAUCACCACGUCCGCUACUUGGAUGUGUAACUUUAUCAUCGGCCUUAUCACCCCAGAUAUGCUCGAGUCAAUCACCUGGGGUACAUAUAUCUUCUUUGCGGCAUUCUGUCUCCUGGCAUUGGCGUUCACUUUCCUUUGUAUUCCAGAAACACGCGGGAAGACUCUAGAAGAUAUGGACCUCAUUUUCGGUGACACCGCAGCCCAUGAAGAGAAACAGCGUAUUGUUCAAAUUGAGGCUGAGCUCCGUGGUACUCAGGCCUUUGUAAAAGAUACCCUGGUAAAGCCGUUCGUGGAGCAGGAAGAAAGCGUCGCUUGA